CAUCAUGUAAACUGCCGUUUGUUCGAGUCGUGUGUAGGAUAAUUCUGUGCAUGGGUAAAAUUUAACGUAAUUCGCACCGAAAUUCAGCCAAAUCAUAGUGAAAACGUAUAUAAAACGGAUUCGGGUUGAAAUUCCAAUUCCAAAUAUUACUUGGGAGUGCUACGAAAAACGUGAGAUUUGACGGAGCCAAGGUGAACCGCGCAUAACAACGAGAGAUUCGUUAGAACCAGAAGUGGUUUCAAGGAUUGGCGGCACACUACGACUAUACUAAUAUGAGUCACAAUUACAGCAGCAGAUUCACAUCGUUCGCGCUGGAAGAUUUCAGCAGAACACUGAACAGCCCUCCGAUGGCGGAUUCCACUCAUUUAGAGAGUAGAGCAGGUACCGUUGGCAGGAGCAUCAGCGGUUUAUUGGGGACUUCGCCGAAACAGAUUGGCACAGUAAAACGAAAACCCACAUCGCCACUUCUCAGCAGCAAAACGAAUUUCAAGAGCAGUGGAAGUUUGACUACGACUGGACUGAGCAGAAUAGAUCCGCAGGUUUACACGGACGCUCAGAGUCGAGGUCUAGUUAACAGAUUGGUGAAAUACCACGACAAAUCGCAAUCAACACUGAACAGAAGUCAAUCGAUGACAAACUUGUACACAAAACCCGGUCAGUUUCCGGUGGUUCACUUGAGGAAAACUGAGAUUAAGUACUCUCCGAGGCGAAACAGUUCGAUUACAUCGGUUCGAAUAGCGCCACCGGAAAAGUCAGUUUUUCAAGCCAACACCAGAUCGAAUAUUUUGCGGGCCGGAUCACUGCUGGUUCCGUCUGAAAACCAUCUGAAGGCGUCACGCGCUCAGGAAGAUGAGACAGAUUCUGAGAACAAAGUUAUUGCACCUACGGCGGAGGUGGAGACCGCCCCAACGAGAAGUGUGCUUGAUGCACUGAAGGAGAUAUCUAGAAAAAGAAUCAAUAACGAAGAGUUGGAUGCCGAUCGUAUCAAGAAACAAUGCAAGGAACUGACCGAAGUUGAUACGGUUGGGGUGGGAACGAAGCGGGCUCGAGAGUUGCCGUCAUCUGCUUCGCCGCCUUUGGCGGGUUCAGCAGACCAACAGUUGCAAAAGAAACGGUUGUGCAGCAAAAACAAUGACAUUUCGAGUUCGCUGAGCUCGAGCUUAGUGAUGAACACUCCGAAGCGGGUGGAAUAUGUCCAGCCGCGCCCUGGAAGGCUUAACGUGGAUCAAUCAUUCUCAUCACAGGCGAUUUCACCAGGCUCAUGCGAGACGGCAGUAGCCAGAGAGAGUCGAGUCGAUUCUUUGGACACUGGGAAAGUGAGAAGAACAGAAUCUUCGCCAUUACCCCAGACAGUGAAAGCGGUUGCGGAAGUGCAGCUUCCGGCUGCGAUAAGACCACAACCGAAGCAGCCAAAAAUUACGCUUUUCAACAAAAAGUACGACGAAUCGUUAGUUCGCCCAGCAACUGUCGACGAUAAGGAAGACCGUGAUGACGACGAUGAGCUGGGCGGAAGGAUCAGCUUCAUAAAACCGAAGCAGAAAUCUCCGAUUUUGAACAGUGAUCAAGUUGCCUUGAAACGGGUGGAAAAAUCGAAGCUUUCGCUCAUACUGAGUUGUCUGAGUGACGACUACAAUGACGAGGAAGAAGCGCCCAAGGAGGUGUUGUCUGUAUUGAAAAAAGAUACGGUUGACGCUCCGCCAAAAGUGGAGGAAAAGAAGCAAGAGUUGCCCGUUCCUACUUUGAGUGGUAUUUCUGCGCUUAUUAAUAAUCCAAUUAAGGACGCUGGGUUGGGUAAAAUUGACUCCCCACAGCCGUCUUUUGCGGGGAACUUAAAGGAAUCGCCAAAGCCUGCAGGAGGUUUUACAUUUGGAACUACCAGCGCUGCAAAACCGGCAGAGUCAACAUUUGCUUUUGGAACUUCCACGAAGACGCUCGCUGCGGUUGCUAAGCCGGAAGAUAAACCGUCCAGCGGAUUCACGUUCGGCACUACACCAGUUGCAUCCGCUGUCGCCGCUUCCAAAGCAGAUGCUCCCCCAGCGUAUAGCUUCCCAUCAACCGCUUCCAAUCAAACAUCAUCCAGUUCAGUCACAGCUGUAUCCUCGGUCGUAUCCGCACCUCCGUCAUUAGCUACCCCUGCAACAGCAAACCUCAUAUCUUUCUCACCAGCUCCGGUAGUCAAGCCAGCGGCAGAAAAGUCAGCCUUUUCGCUUCUUCCUGCUGUGACAACAAAUGAAACCAAUUCAUCCGUAACCACCACUCAGUCGGGAAUUUCCUUCCGAGGUGGCAACGAAUUUAGCGCUUUCAAAGUAGUCAGUUCGGCACCACAAGCUUUAACAACGACAACAACAGGCUCAUCUAGCUUACCAUCGUUUGGUAAUAUCGCAGCGUCUACGAUAACGACCACAAAUCCUACCACCGGAAUCGGAUUCACAGGGUUCGGAAAGGAUCCGGCACCGAAAGCUGCCCCAGCCGCAAAUGCUUUCACAUUUGGUGGCGCAUCGGCUGCUAAGCCUUCGACAGUAACUGUCGGACAAAAUUCAUCGUCAUCAGCGAUGCCAACAGCGACGCUAAUUGCACCCGUCAGUGCCGCUAGUGCCCCUACUACCUUCGGUGGUUUUGGAAACACAUCUACGACCCCAGCAUUUGGUUUUGGUGCGGCCAACACCACAGCUUCCACUGCUCCUAGCUUCGGUACGGCCACAACAUCCGCUGCAUCCUCGUUUGGAUCGAAGCCUUUCGGUGUGUUCGGAACCGGUGGCCCAACAACAACAGCAGCUGCCGCACCACCGCCGCCUUCCUUCGGUAACGUUUCCUCCAAUCCCGCUAGCGUAUUCGGUGGCGGUUCGACAGUCACAAAACCCGCCGCAGAUUCACCGUUCGCUUUCGGAGGAGCAUCGGCGGCCCAAGCUAGCGCCAAUAAUACGAUGACGACGCAAAACAGCAGCACAUUCAGCUUCGGUGCGAAGGCAGUCGCUGCUGGUCCAAUGACGAACGUGUUCGGUACCAGCAAUGGCAACAGCAAUAACACAGCAACCUUUGGGACAAUGGCAACGGCGGCGGCACCAACAUUUGGCGCAAUGACGAAAAGUAAUCCACCUGCAUUUGGUGCUCCCUCAGGCAGUGGUACAAACGCAGCACCUUCAGUUUUCGGAGCACAACCUUCUGGGGCAGUCUCCGCGGGUAGCAGCAGCGGCGGCGGCUUCGGAGCGGCUUCAGUUUUUGGUGGUGGUUCCAGUAAUGCCCCCAGUGCAAGCUCCGUUUUCGGCGGAUCGGUAGGUUCAACCUCCAGUGCUGCCUCUCCCUUCGGCACAAUGGUAUCCAACACGGCCACGCCAGCGGGAGGAAUUUUCGGAGCAGCAGCGUCUUCCUCCAUUGCCACCAACAAUAACAACCAAUCCGCGCCCGGUGCUUCUGGGGCAUUUACGUUCGGCGCGUCUUCCGCUUCUUCGGGCCCAUCAACGACAGCUACAAAUGCUGGAAAACCGUUUGCCUUUGGACAAGCAAACAAUAAUUCUAGUAUGCCGGCUGCCGCCGUCGCCGCGACUCCCAUCAAGUCCAACAGUUUUGGUUUCACAGCUGGAUCUAACACAGCUGGACCUUCGUCAAAUUCUCUAGGAGGAGGCGGCGCAAAUUCAUCUUUUUCCUUUGGAACACACACAAAUGCAAACAACAACAACAACAACAGCGCAGCUGCAGCGGCAACCGCACCUGCGUUCGGCAGCAAUAGCACAUUCUCCUUCUCAGCUAACACAAACAAUAACACCAACAUCGCUCACAGCAGCAACAAUCAGGCAAUGGUGAAACCCUUCUCAUUCGGCGGGGUGACCGCUAGCCAACCGCAAGCAGGAACAGGUGGGGGAAUGUUUGGCAGUGGUAACGUUCCCUCGGCGACAAUCCAGCAGCAGCCUGCUUUCAACUUCUCCACUGGCUCCAAUUCUAGUGGCGCUUUUGGGUUCAACAGUGCGAUGCCGACACCGAUAGCCGCCGGUGGACCCUUCGCGGUGCCCAACGGAGCUGGAGGACCCGCCGCGGCACCAAUGUUCAGCAUAGGCACCGGUGGAAACAAUGCUCCUCCUUCACGGCGGCCAAUUCGGACGGCAACGCGGCGACACAAGUAGGAAUUUUAUUCCGGGUACUCCAUAGUGAUUUAGAUGUUAUAUUAUUUGUUCGGCCAAUUUGUUACGGUGUAUAGUUCUAAUUUCUUUAUUUCUUUAUUUCGCAAAAUAAGUGCAUUGUCGUUUUCGUACGUCAAACAAACUCUAGCCAAUAUGAACGAAACUAAUAGGGACGAUUGCGUUCGUCAACAAUGGAAUAAAUUAUACAGUUAUAUAAUACCACAAGCCGAUACUUAUCGUUGCAUGCAUGUUCUGUUCUAUGUAAGCUCGGAAUUUUGAAAAGAAAAUCGAUCUGCUUUGAGUGGAA